CUCAAGCUCUUUUCAAAGGGCUAUGCAGCUCGAUAAUCAGCAGAGAGUGUGAACCAUGUGAAUCCACUACAAAAUUGAUUAUCCGCCACAAUAAAAAUCAAUGACGUCGCCUUGCCAUCUCACUGCACGUCACCAUGGUUAAGUGGUGACGUGCAUGGAUACAUGUCAUUUCCUCCGUCCUACAGGACGACGGUAUGAGAAAUGUACAACACCAUCAGUUGAAUGCACGGGCAGCAGUUCCUGUGCAUAGGACGCGUCAAUCGCAUUCUACACGCAUCAGCACGCAUAGGUUUGCCAAAACAAACAAUGCCAGCGAAGCGAAAAGCAUCUGCAAUAGGGAGAGUAGCUCGUGAGAAUACAAGCACAAAGAAGAUUAAGGAGUCGCCUUCAGAAGCAGGUCAUAUCGAUACCGGUAUAGCGACCGCUUCUAGACGCCAGCAACCUGUACGGAAGAGGUCAAAAAUUCUGACGGAUCCCGACGAGAACUCCGACGUACUCGAUGGCGACAAUGCUCUCCGAGCCUCGCAUGAUCAUGGCGAUGGAGAUGAAAUAGGUACGCCCAAUGGAAAUGGCCACGGGGCUUGCUCCUUACAAGAUGCGCGAGACAAGGUGGUAGCGAAGCAGCCUGGUCCAAAGAAACGAGGUGGCAAAAUUGACACAAGAAAGCCAGCCAAAGAAGAACAAGCCGCUCCGCUAUCACUGCAAGCAAAAGGGCUGAAGUCUGCCGUCGGGCUUCUGCAGAAUCCCGAUGCUGAGAGCGACCAGGAAGCAGAUGAGGAAGAGAUCAAAGAAGCAUCGCUUCGACCUCCGCCUGUCAACAGCGAGUAUUUGCCACUGCCUUGGAAGGGCCGGCUAGGUUAUGCAUGCUUAAACACGUAUCUACGCUAUUCAAACCCUCCUGUGUUCAGCUCACGAACGUGCCGGAUAGCUUCCAUUCUGGAGCAUCGUCACCCGCUCAAAGAUCCAAGCUUACCAGAACAUCCUACCAAGAACCGGCCAGAUAAGGAUCGGCCUGCCGAUAUAGCACGCGGGCAGAAAUGGGUGCAAGAGUUGGGUCUCGCAAAUGCACGUGACGUCAUCAAGAUGGUAAGGUGGAACGACAAGUACGGAAUAAAGUUCAUGCGCUUGAGCAGCGAGAUGUUCCCGUUUGCUAGCCAUGAAGAAUAUGGAUACAAACUGGCACCGUUUGCGUCAAAAACACUGGCCGACGUUGGAAAGGUGAUUGCCGAACUAGGGCAUCGGGUAACGACCCAUCCUGGUCAGUUCACCCAGCUCGGCUCUCCGCGCAGAAAGGUUGUCGACGAUGCGAUCCGCGAUCUCGAGUACCACGACGAGAUGCUCACACUACUCAAUCUUCCCGAGCAGCAAAAUCGGGACGCCGUGAUGGUCUUGCACAUGGGCGGUGUAUUCGGCGACAAGGCGGAAACACUGAACCGGUUUCGUGCCAAUUAUGCAAAGCUUUCGCAGUCGAUCAAGAAUCGGUUGGUACUGGAAAAUGACGACGUAGGCUGGUCCGUCCAUGACUUGCUGCCCAUCUGCAAGGAGCUUAACAUACCGCUGGUGCUCGAUUUUCACCACCACAAUAUCGUAUUCGACAAGGAAAAGGUUCGUGAGGGAACAAAGGAUAUCAUGAAUUUGUACCCCGAGAUCCGUGAGACAUGGACCAAGAAGGGAAUCACGCAGAAGAUGCACUACUCUGAACCUACAUCUGGAGCCAUAACGGCACGUCAAAGGAGGAAGCACAGUGCGCGUGUCGCAACGUUACCACCUUGUCCGGAUGAUAUGGACCUUAUGAUUGAAGCCAAAGAUAAAGAACAGGCCGUGUUCGAACUUAUGCGCACGUUCAAGCUACCCGGCUUCGAUAAAAUCAGGGACCUCGUUCCUUACGUUCGCCAAGACGACAACAAGAACUUGGGAAAAAGAAAAUCUGCGCCCAGAGGGAAGAGACUGAUCAACGGUGAGGAUGUCAUCGAGGAAAGUGCGGUGGCCGCCAGCGACGAGGAAUUGUGCGUGCCAGAGGACGAGGUCGGCAUGGGUGGACCAGAAGGACGAGUGUACUGGCCGCCGGGAAUGGAGGAAUGGCUUCGACCAAGGAAGCGCGAAGCCAAGAAGAAGGAUUCCGGUGCCGCUAGCUCGGCCAAAAAUGCAAAGACACUGAAGAACACUUCUACCAAGGCUACCAAGGCUGCUGUCGAAGAUGAGCUGGAGGAACUUGAGCCAAGUGAAGAUCUUACAACAACGUGUCAUAACUUACGACAGACAAACGACGCAAGGGGAAGAGGAAGGUCUAAGAAGAAACCAUUCGAGUCGGCCACCUACACCUUAAUGAGUCAGGGCGACUGCAUAGCUGACCACGAGCCAGACACUGCAAAUGAGACGGCAAGGCCUGCGAAACAAAAAGGGAACUCUGCAAAGGGGGUGAGAUCUAGCGAGCGAGCAAGUCGGCUUCGCCGCCCCGAAAUCGUCGGCUCAGAGUAGACGCAAAAAAAAAGUUCCGUCUCGAUGUGAGGUAGAAGUUUGCGUUUCGACGCCGAAGGACUCUGGUCAAGCCCGGGGAGACCGCCACUAUGUGAAACUGGUAGCGGAACGACGUGAAAAUGCACGUAGUGUCUUUUUGACGGUAGGCAACAGGAGAUUUCAUCGCCAUUGGACGGUCAACACGGAUCAGCGCGGCGUUUUAUCUCAGGAGCAGACAUGUAAUGUGCCAGCGCUUUGUCUACUUCACGCAGGAUUGCCACAGUACUGCGGUUCUUCUCAGCAGCGCAGAGACGAUGCUUAGACCCUUGGAUCUUUUCAAUGGGCAAUGUUCUUCAAACGCUUUCUACGAUAAUCUGUUCGCGCGGCAUGUCGGUCAAGAGUAGGAGUUUGGAUUCUUGAAAGCAGCAAUCGCAUCUUCUGGGCUUGAACAGGCAGCGCUGCGAGCGUCUGCGGGUUAGAACCCUACAAUACCUUGACAGGCUCUCGUCACGACGUCCAGCUAGAUUGGCUACGACCGCCAACGAGCAUCCGAUCCUUAACGAGCCUAUUGUCCAGUCGAUUGAGGCUUCGAUGACGCACAGAUUGUCCGUCCCCAUUACGUCAGGACGCGUCCAGAGCAGCCUUUGCUUUAGCUCGAGAAGCCGGGCGUGAUUGAUGUUUUCCGUUGGUAUCUCGUAGACAGAUAAUCUCUCCAAAGUCGGUCUGGACAGGUAGCACUCCUCUACGGGAAGAGUUGAUCAUUCAAGCCUUUGCCAACUCCGGAUCCGCCGUUUCUCGCGCCGGGCGGUGCCGGUCAGGCUCAGAUCACAUCGCACUCGCGAUAAGUCGCGAACAUCACGUGUUGAAUUCGCGACGCUCGCCGCAUGGUACGACAUAUAGAAAAUGGGCGCAAACGACAGGAGCGUGUCGAUCAGAAAGUCCUGGCGUCAAUCUCGCUCAGCACGUCAUCGCACCCCGUUCUUGAACAAUUUGUCGUGAACUUUCCUAAAACGGCAGCUGCACCGCGCAGCCUGCCACUGUUUGUCGACGGGAUGACGAGGCUACCACGAGGCUGCUGUGGAGCCCUCGAUCUUCAAAACGAGACAAUCAAGCGCGGUUCAAAAACGAACGUUUGUUCCUUUUUUUUUUUUUUUUUUUGU